AUGGGAGUAACAAAAAAACCUGACUUGAACGAUCCUGUAUUAAGAGCUAAAUUAGCUAAAGGUAUGGGUCAUAAUUAUUAUGGGGAACCCGCAUGGCCCAAUGAUCUUUUAUAUAUUUUUCCAGUAGUAAUUCUCGGUACUAUUGCUUGUAACGUGGGCUUAGCGGUUCUAGAACCUUCAAUGAUUGGUGAACCCGCGGAUCCAUUUGCAACUCCUUUGGAAAUAUUACCUGAAUGGUAUUUCUUUCCUGUAUUUCAAAUACUUCGUACAGUCCCUAACAAGUUAUUGGGUGUUCUUUUAAUGGUUUCAGUACCCGCGGGAUUAUUAACAGUACCGUUUUUGGAAAAUGUUAAUAAAUUCCAAAAUCCAUUUCGUCGUCCAGUAGCGACAACCGUUUUUUUGAUUGGUACUGCAGUAGCCCUUUGGUUGGGUAUUGGAGCAACAUUACCGAUUGAUAAAUCCCUAACUUUAGGUCUUUUUUAA